GCUUAUAAAAGGUUUAAUCCUUCAGUUUUGUGUUUGAUUUGUUUUCCAUUUCAAAAUAUAAGAAGAGAUGGAAUGCACUGCUGGCCAGGUCAUCCGUUGCAAAGCUGCUGUGGCGUGGGAAGCUGGGAAACCAUUGGUGAUUGAAGAAGUUGAAGUGGCUCCUCCACAGGCUAAUGAAGUUCGUUUGAAGAUCCUCUACACUUCCCUUUGUCACACUGAUGUUUACUUCUGGGAAGCCAAGGGGCAGAACCCUUUGUUUCCUAGAAUCUAUGGCCAUGAGGCUGGAGGGAUUGUGGAGAGUGUUGGUGAGGGGGUGACUGAUCUCAAACCAGGUGACCAUGUGCUCCCUGUGUUCACUGGAGAAUGCAAAGAUUGUGCUCACUGUAAAUCUGAAGAGAGCAACAUGUGCGAUCUUCUCAGGAUCAAUCCUGAUAGGGGUGUUAUGCUUAGUGAUGGAAAAUCAAGAUUCUCCAUCAAUGGCAAACCAAUUUAUCAUUUUGUUGGCACAUCAACCUUCAGUGAAUACACAGUGGUUCAUGUUGGGUGUGUUGCUAAGAUCAACCCCUUGGCUCCUCUUGACAAAGUUUGUGUUCUCAGCUGUGGAAUUUCAACAGGCCUUGGUGCCACUCUUAAUGUUGCCAAACCUGCAAAAGGGUCAUCAGUUGCUAUCUUUGGCUUGGGUGCUGUGGGGCUUGCUGCUGCUGAAGGAGCUAGGAUUGCUGGGGCUUCUAGGAUUAUUGGUGUUGAUUUGAAUUCAAAUAGAUUUGAAGGAGCAAAGAAAUUUGGAGUGACUGAAUUUGUGAACCCAAAAAACCACAAGAAACCAGUUCAAGAGGUUAUCGCUGAGAUUACCAAUGGAGGUGUGGACCGAAGCGUUGAAUGUACUGGAAAUGUUGACGCCAUGAUUUCUGCAUUCGAAUGUGUCCACGAUGGUUGGGGUGUUGCUGUUCUAGUGGGGGUACCUCAUAAAGAUGCGGUGUUCAAGACUCACCCCGUGAACUUACUGUGUGAAAGAACAGUCAAGGGCACAUUCUUUGGAAACUACAAGCCUCGUUCUGACCUUCCCUCUGUGGUGGAAAAAUAUAUGAACAAGGAGCUUGAGCUAGAAAAGUUCAUCACACAUUCAGUUUCGUUCUCAGAGAUCAACAAGGCCUUCGAGCUUAUGCUUAAAGGCGAAAGCCUUCGAUGCAUUAUCCGCAUGGAAGAGAACUGAUUCGAAGAAGCAGAGUUUUCUGGAGUUGCCCAUAAAUAAAAAAGCACUUUUUUUAUGUAUAAAAUUGUGUCUUUUGUGUUCAGUUGCUGUACUCUUGCAUAUUACUUUUGCAUAAAAUCAAAACACUUUUAUUAGCAUAA